GGCACCUGCAUGUUCUCUCUAAACCAAAUUCAUCUAUUACAAUACCAGCAUUUAAUGCCUCAUUCCCCCCUUCUCACUACAUAUAUGCAUCUCUCAAACUCUCAAUCCCACCUUACUCUUAUUCUCUGAAUCACAAGUAAUUGAUCUCUCAACUACUAUGUCUUCUCUUGUUUAUUUUCUUCUGUGUAUAUAUUAUUUGCAUGCAUGCACUGGUCGACCACUUGCAGUUUCUGAUCAAGAAAAUAGCAGUCAAAUUCAGUUUUCUGGAAAGGAUAUGAAGACUCCAGGCGCAGAUAAACUUGUGGUGCAAGGAAAUUUCAGGGUUGAAUAUGGUGAAAAGACAAUUUAUAGUGAAAAUACUAUGAAGCUAAAGAAUCAGAAGAUCUACAUGGUUAAGGAAACUGAAGACCUCAAAGGAGACGAAGUUAAGAUGACACAUUUUGGGAAGGUUUUUGAGGACGCUGCUACAGAAAAGGAAGGGAAGAGAGAAGGGCGAUUGACAUUGGAAUCUCCCUCGCAGAAAGCCAGGAAAAAUACGAUAUUCAAGAAAAGUAACACUAUAGAGGACAUAGUGGUGAUGGACUACGCACAACCACGUCGUAAACCACCUAUUCAUAACAAAGAACCCUAAAUUCAAGUUCAACCUUAAUUUCUCGAAUGUUUUUCGAUUUUGUUUCGCACUUCUGAUCUUUUACUUUUCUUGAUAAGGGGUAAUAAAAAAGUAUCUCAGCUGAGGUACCUAAAGACAUUAUUUGAUACUCGAAUUAAUAGUUGAUUAAGAUUUUAACUUUUUAUUAAGUUUUGUA